AUGGAUAGUACUAUCCAGUCAAAGUACCGCAUCGGUGUUGAUGUCGGGGGAACCAACACAGAUGCUGCUCUUAUCUCAUUGGAUCCCAUUUCAGUGAUUGCAUCUCAUAAAGCGCCAACAACUCCAGAUGUUACUACUGGCAUCACCAACGCUGUCAGGACAGUGAUAGACACCUCUAAGGUCUCACUAUCUUCAAUCGGAUGUGUUAUAGUAGGAACCACUCAUUUUGUCAAUGCGGUUGUACAGCGGGCACCUUCACUGCGUCGUGUUGGGGUCAUUAGACUAUGUGGUGGUUCGACUGAGGGCUUUGGACGGGGAAUCCCUCCAUUUAUUGACUUCCCUGCGGAUCUCCGAGCCUGCAUUGAGUCCCCGCAGGUCUAUUUCUGCAACGGUGGAUAUCAGAUCUCAGGAACGGAAAUCAGUCCUCUAGAUACUGAAGAGAUUGAGGGCAUAGCUGCUGAUUUGAUAAGGAAUAAUAUCUGGAAUGUCGUAAUUUCGGGGAUGUAUGCUCCACUGAACGAUGCGCAGGAGAUUGAAGCAAAAGAUAUUCUGCUUAAAGCGAUGUUAAAUCAGUCCGAGUCAAAGAUCAAGCCGCGGACCACACUUUCGCAUGAGGUCUCGGGUUUGGGAUUCCUGGCACGAGAGAAUGCUGCCAUUUUGAACGCCACGCUACGUCCCUUGGCUGAGAGAACGAUCUAUGGCUUCCAAAAGGCAAUGGAGGAUAUCUUUCAGGGAGGCGAUUAUACACUUUACCUGACACAGAAUGACGGAAGUGUGUUGAGUGCCUCCGAAGCGAUAGAGUUACCUAUUCGAACGUUCAAUUCCGGCCCCACAAACUCCAUUCGUGGUGGUGAAUUGCUUUGGAGAGCCGCUGCUGGAGCAGACGGACAAAAGCAGGCUAGUCGAACUGAAUCUCUAGUUGUGAUUGAUAUCGGAGGAACAACCUCAGAUAGCGGACUUCUGCUUCCAAAUGGCUUACCACGAAUGAGCUCCGUAAUGAGUCUUGUUGGAGGUGUUCGUACCAAUUUUGCCCUACCUGCUGUAGAAAGCAUAGGACUCGGUGGAGGCUCAAUUAUUCGCAUGGCAGAAAAUGGUGAGGUCACAGUUGGUCCUGAUAGUGUGGCCCUUGAGCUCCUUGAAAAAGCAAAAUUAUUUGGUGGAGAAUAUCUCACCUCUACAGACAUUGUAGCUGCAUCUGAGAUUCACACUCCAACAGGACGCAAUCCUUUUCAGGGCAUGGGACAGCCGGAGCGACUUUCAGAUAUCAGUCUUGACACGGUCAGGAAGGCCCAGGCUGCUAUGAGGAGCAAAAUUGAAGAACUUGUGGACAGAACCAAAAUUCAGAAAGGGGAUGUCGAUGUCCUAAUUGUUGGCGGCGGUGCUCCUAUCAUUCAAACCGAUGAACCCCUUGCGGGUGUCCGCAUGGUUCGGAUGGUCAAUGGUGAUGAAGUUGCCAACGCGGUCGGAGCUGCAAUUUCGCGAGUAUCGGGUGUUAUUGACACUGUCGUUGAUACAUCAAAUCGGACUAUUAAAGAAGCCCGGGAAGAUGUUAUUAAACUGGCUAUCGAGAAAGCUGCCGCAAAUGGAGCCAAGCGUGACAACAUUCAAGUUGCCGAGAUUACUAUGCUCCCGAUUCAAUAUGUGGACGCUAAAGCAAGGAUGGUGAUCAGAGCGGUUGGAGAACUAGAUGCAGCCGCUCAACAGAAAUCAUCAAAAGAGCCAAUGGAAAUCACAGCGCUUAACGACGAAUUGCCCGAAGAGCUCAAGGGGGAGCUGGCUACACUAAUCCAAGAUGAAGAGGUGGAUAUUCAUACCUAUAAACCUGAAGUUAAAGAUAAGCAGUGGAUUGUCUCAGCCACAGACCUAGAAUUUAUCGCUCGAGGAUGUAAAAUUCUCGGAUGUGGUGGUGGCGGCGAUCCAUACCAAGAAUACCUCAAAGCAAGGGCCCUUAUCCAACGGCAUCCCGGCACAGUCAAAGUAGUUUCAGCCGAGUACUUUCCCGAUGACUGCUUGAUUGGAUGGACAGGUUGCAUGGGGAGUCCAGAAGUCAGCAUGGAGCGAUUGGAGAAUGACGAAUGCUUGAAAGCGCACAGCGAGCUAAUGCGGGUCACUCAAAGUCUGCCAGUGUCUGCAUUCCUAGCACUGGAAAUUGGCGGCGGAAACGGUGUCCUCAAUCUAGGUGUUUCGGCUCAUUAUGGUGUUCCUUGUCUUGAUGCUGAUUAUAUGGGUCGAGCAUACCCGACCUUUUGGCAAGUAACACCUAAUGUAUACGGUGCGCCAAAUGGCGAUGCACUCGUCCCCGCAACAAUUGCGAGCGGGGAUGGGACAUUUAUCACGAUGACGAAGUCUCGCACAGACAAGUUGGUCGAUAAGGCCUUGCGAGCUGCUUGUGUGGAAAUGGGAUGUCGUGCUGGGAAAGCUGGGCCACCUAAGGCUGCUCGGGUUGUGCGAGAACAGGCGAUCACGGGUACUCUCUCACUUGCAUGGUGGAUUGGACGAGCUGUGGCACUUGAGAAAAAUAUCAACGAUAAAGCCCAGCGGAUUAUUGAUGAAGUGGGAGGUUCAGAGAGCGCUGCAAUUCUUGGGCAAGGCAAGAUUACUAGCGUGGAGAGGGUCCUUAAGACUGGACAUACGUAUGGGGUCUUAGAGGUCGAAGGAACCUUGAAUGACUCAACCAUGGCUCUGAUUAAGAUCCCGUUUAAGAAUGAAAAUGCCUUUGUAGAAGCGGUUUGCGACGGCGAGUCGAGAAUUCUGGCGUCAGUACCGGAUCUUAUUGCUGUGAUUGACGCGGAGACGGGCUCUGGGCUGGGAACUCCAGAGUACAAGUAUGGAUUGAAGGUUUUGAUCAUUGCUAUCGCAGCAUCUCCUCGCUGGACAGAUACUGAGCGAGGAAUGCAACUUGGAGGACCUGGGUCAAUGGGAUUUGAUGAGGUCAAGUAUACUCCUAUUGGCAAGUACAGCAAGCCUCGAAGCGUCAUUGAAGUUUUUGGAUGA